GUACUUAGCCUUUUAGCACCUUGUCGUUGCUUUGUAUGGCAUGUCUUUUCAGUUUCUUGAUAAUGUUUUUCUGGUUUUCCCCGACUAUCAAUUCCCAAAUCAUUCUCCACACACUAUGUUUUGGAUUUUUACAUGACCAAACCCGUUGGAUCUUAAUGUUUGGUAUAAUUUUUUUGGAUUUGUUGGCUUAAAGCCUUUCAAGUAUACUUAUCACGUUUCCUAAAACGAUGAUUCAAUUUUAGAAUGAUCUUGGCCGAAGACAAUAAUACUAAAGUAUGUUGUCAUUAUGUCAAAAGUCCAAAUUGGUUUCAACUACAAUGUACACUUAGUGUGAACUGAUGAUCAGGUCUCUCAACCAAUAUUACUAGACGUUUUUGAACUUUGUGGUUAUCACUUUGCAAGCUACUGUAGAUACAAGUUAAUAAAAUUUAGGUUUAAAUCAAUUCUGAAAGUCUAGAUCUCCGUACUCAAAUAAAACUAUUGCACAUGCUUUUGAGACCCGAUACAAAUCUUUUUAUCAUAAAGAUAAAGAUACAUAGGCCAUGACUCCAAGAUGAUACCCCAACAAAAAACUAAAAAGUGGGUCCUAACUCCGCCUAAAACUUGUUCCGAAACAAUACAAUCUUCUUAGGACAAAGAGAGUUUGUACCAUUUUCGAUUCACUUAGCUUGGACUUUGCACUUUGUCAAUGUUGUUCAGUUUACGAAGACAGGUCCCAAGCACAAGAAGAAGUUUAAUUAGUUUUUUACUUUGGGAUUCAUAGCCACCCCUCUUGUCGACAAACCUCCAAGGUUCCAAUGACCCUUUUUUUGCUUUCCAUUAAAAAUAUCAUUAACCAAUAGAAUGGUUUAGGGUAAUAAUAUAACCAUUCUAAUCUACUGUUUAAAUAUAACAAUUAUGUAAGUGGUGGGGAAUGUUGAGUCUUUGCUCCCAAGUUCGAAUAUCCGUUGAGAAAGGAUGAUUUACGUGUAAACAAAUAUUAUCAAUUGUUGAUUCCAAACUAGAUUAUGGUACAAGGCCUUGAACUUUCACAAAAAAAAAAAAGGCAGUCAUGUGUACUCUGUCUUAUUAAUACAGGUUUAUUUUUUCGCCUGACAAUUAACAUGAGACAUUUCUCAGAAGAGAAGGAGAAAUCAUCCCUUAUAUCUUAUUCAAUAAAAUGAUAAACUUUUAAAUCCAUGAUUCCUCUUCUUUGCCAAUAUAUAAAUACAAGCAAUAGAUUGUAAAUGGGGGAGCUCUAGAAGUCGACAUGGCUAUUUCAGUUAGUAAGCAGUUCAAAAAAAGUCUUGUAGUGAUCUUGCUCUUCAUCUCCUUAUCAUCGCUCUCUCCAACUUCAACUUCACACAGCUGUGACCCUGUACAAGAAGAAGAAGAAGAAGCCUCCUCCUUCGGUUACGUUUGCCACUCAAACCUUCAAAAGUGCCACACUUUCGCCAUUCUCAGAGCCAAAUCUCCUUUCAACUCCAUCUCCAACCUGAGUUACCAUCUUGGUCUAGACACAGAGGCAGACGAGUUUGUUCUGCAAGGUCAGUUACUGUUGAUCCCAGUUGAGUGCAGGUGUAAUGGAAGCAUCUACGAGGCCAAUCUCAUUAAAACUUGCGUUAAAGGAGACACCUUUCGCUCUGUCUCUCAGUCUCUGCAAGGCUUGACCUCGUGCCUAUCUAUCAGAGAGAAAAACCCAGAUAUUUCCGAGGACAAGAUUGGCGACAACGUUAAGCUGCGUUUGGCGAUCAGGUGCUCCUGUCCACAAGAAGGCGUUUCAAACACUAGUUUUCUUGUGACGUAUCCGGUGGGAGUCCGCGACAGCGUUACAAGCCUGGCGGUUAGGUUCAACACAACAGAGGAUGCCAUUGUCUCUGCAAACAACAAAUCUGGUGUCGUUCCACUCAAGCCUGCUCUCAUCCCUCUUGAUCACAAACCAGAGAAACCCGAGAAUCGCCAGAAAAGAAAACCAUCCAAGGAGAAACGGUCAAAGAUGAAGCUCAUGAUCGCUGUGAGCAGCGCCAUUGCUGGAGUUUUCGGUCUUGUCACUCUCAUGGUGUUUGGUUACUUACACUGGAAGAAAGAGACGCAGAUGCAAACGCAAACGCAAAAGUGGAUUAGCAACAAAGACCCCGAGACGCGGCAGCUGAGUCUAAGCAUCCGAACCACGAGUGACAAGAAAAUCUCGUUUGAAGGGUCACAGGACGGUUCCAUCUUGGAUUCUCACAACACUGUCGGCACCACAACGCCGCGAAAACCUGUUCUGGAGAUGUACGCGUUUGAAGAGUUAGAGAAGGCCACUGAGAAUUUCAGUUCAAGCAAUCACAUCAAAGGUUCGGUUUAUUUCGGUUCGCUCAAAGGCAAAGACUUGGCUAUAAAGCAAGUCAGUGCAGAUGCAGUGAAAAGGUUCGAUUUCGGGCUUCUGAACGAUCAGUCACACUACUAUAACCACAAUCUGAUUAGGGUUCUUGGGACAUGUUUUCCAGAAAUCGAUCAGGAUUCUUAUCUGGUUUUCGAGUAUGCAAGGAAUGGGUCCCUGUGGGAUUGGAUUCAGAACAAAUUGGCCAUCAAGAAUCAAUUCAUCGAGUCUUGUUACUGUUUCUUGGCAUGGAAACAGAGGAUCAAGAUAUGUCACGACGUCGCCAUCGCGUUAAAGUAUAUGCAUCGGAUCAACUAUGUCCACGGCAACAUCAAGAGCAGGAACAUCUUCUUGAACGAAGAUCUCAGAGGUAAAGUCGGAAACUUUGGGAUGUCAAAGUGCUUAACCAACGAAUUAGCGACGGAAGAGAACCUUAUAGAAGGUUCCCUGUCUCCAGCUUCUGACGUAUUCGCUUAUGGGAUUAUCGUAAUGGAGGUUUUGUCUGGACAAACCCCAGAGAUGUUGCUUGGAUUGCAAGAACAAGAGACAACAUCCCUUGGGAUAGAAGAAACUUGUGUUUCCGAAUGGAGCAGAUUGAGAAGGGUUCUCGGGGACAAGGAAAAGCUGAGGGAAGUGAUGGACAGCACAUUGGGGGAGAGCUAUUCGCUUGAUUCCGCAUUUGAACUCGCAAGUAUUGCAAGAGAUUGUACUGCAGAAGAAGCCGAGUCAAGGCCGAGCGCGGCUGAGAUAGCAGAGAGGGUUUCAAGAUUGGUGGAUGACGAUGAAGACGAAGAAGAUGAAGCAGUAACAGAGAGAGAGAGAGUACCUUAAUUUCAGAGAGUUCAUACAAGCCUUUGGUAAAGAAGAGUAGUAUAGAUUAAAAUGAUAUUUGUAACUAUAUAGAUUAAGUUAUUGCAUCAUGACCCUAAACUCAUCAAAGUUAAUAAUUCCAUCCCUAUUAAGAUCGAAUUGUGAAAUCAUAACCUCGCAAUCCUUGAGA